GCAUAUGGAUACACGUUGCAUGAAACACCGACUAAUGUGAUGAAACAAGUGAGAAAAAUAUAUCUUUUCACCGUUCAAACUUACUCUUUAUAGAAAAUAUUAAAGCAAAAUGAUGAAGAGUUGGAGUUUAAAGGUACAUUUGUCACAUUUUCUUUGCUACGUGCCCAAAACCAUUAACAUAAUCACCGAUAACUCUACUAUAAAUCACCCACCCCACCACCCACAAUAAGCAAGUGUAAGAAUUGAAAUCAUAAAAAAAAAAAAAAUCAAAGAUGAAAGGACCAGUGAUCAGUCAUGUAGCCAUGUUAGCAAUGAUAACCAUGGCUCUAGUCAUGGUGCACCCAACUGAAGCCAUUAGUUGCGGUGAGCUUGCUGGUAUGCUCUCACCAUGCAUAAGCUACCUGAGGUCAGGUGGUUCACCAUCUGCGAAUUGUUGCAGUGGAGCUAAGAAGGUUCAAGGUGCCAUCCAGAGUCAAGCAGAUAGGCGAACCGCUUGCAAUUGUGCUAAGAGUGCCGCGGGGCAGCUGCAGGUUCGGGCUGAUGCCGCCACUGGCCUUCCUGGCAAGUGUGGUAUCUCUGUCAACGUUCCUAUGAACCCCAACGUCGACUGUAACAGCAUUCCUUGAGGUGGCAGGGAUGAGUUGCCGGAAAAGUAAUAAUUGGAGCUAUGGUUUUAGGUGAUGGUAUUGCAGGCGGAAUAAACAAGCGUGUUUGUUUUAUAUACAUGUUUAAUAGCGUCUAGUACAAUGUAUUAUGGUUCGAUGUAGAAUCAGCGAAAACGUAUAUGUUAAGCAGUCAUGUCGUAAUAUAUAGUCUUUAAAUUGCAUCUA